AUGAAGAGUGAAUCAACAACAGAUUCUAGAUUUCCAACGUGGAUUACUCCUAAAGUACAGAAAGUAGUGGAAGGACAAGAAGACAGUCUUUUUAAUCCUUUAAAUAUACCGGAAUCUAUUCAGGAAGAUAAAGGAAUUAGCCCUUCAUCGAGUCCUAGAACGGCAGGUUCAGGGAAUACCGUUACUACAGCUACUACUGGGGCCACGGGAGCUACUGGAGCUACUGCAGCCACUGGAGCUACCAGAGCCACCACUGCCAGCAUGCUGGCAAAGAACCUUAUCAAAGCACUGCAUGAACAGCAACUCAGUGUCGAGAUAUCAGAUUAUGAUUCAGAGAUGAUUCGUAUCCUACAGGAAGAAAACUUCAGUGAUACAGAUUCCAUGAUGUAUUAUUCAUCUCCGUGCCAAAGAUCGAAGCAUCUCGAAUCCGACAACGAGAUUGAAAGUCGGUUCGAUUCCUGGUUGAAAGUAACCGAAAAUAAUCUACAACAAUAUCAAUCGUUAACGAAACAAGCCAGUCUUAGCCGACUGAAGUUGGUUGAAAGAGUCCAAAAGAUGCUGCAGCGACUAGGCCAGAGCAAGGUUGGAACCCAGCAACAACAACUGCUGAUGCUGCAGUGGUGUCAAAACCUCCUAAAAGAGGCCAACUACAUGUAA